UCACGGGCGUGUCGUCUCAAACCAAUGGCGCUGGGAGAGAGGAGGGGUCAGCCUCCCCGCUUUCAUAAAUACCCACGGCUCCUUUCUGACGCCCGCUCUCCUGCCCUAGACGUGAAGGACCCCGGUGUGCUUUUUGCGACCGUUUUCUCAGUAAAUCCAAUCGCCCAAAAAAACCUGCAAACAUGACCAGGAAAUUCUUCGUCGGUGGAAACUGGAAGAUGAACGGAGACAAGAAGAGCCUGGGGGAGCUCAUCCAGACCAUGAACGCUGGCAAGGUGGACCCCAAUGUCGAGGUGGUGUGCGGUGCUCCAUCAAUCUACCUGGACUUUGCCCGGUCCAAGCUGGAUGCCAAGUUCGGUGUGGCAGCUCAGAACUGCUACAAAGUAGCCAAAGGUGCCUUCACUGGGGAGAUCAGCCCUGCCAUGAUCAAGGAUUGUGGCGUGAACUGGGUGAUCCUGGGGCACUCCGAAAGACGCCACGUCUUCGGAGAGAGUGAUGAGCUGAUUGGUCAGAAGACAGCUCACGCUCUGGAGAACGGUCUCGGCGUGAUCGCCUGCAUCGGUGAGAAGCUGGACGAGAGGGAGGGAGGAAUCACUGAGAAGGUCGUCUUUGCUCAGACGAAGGUCAUCGCAGACAAUGUGAAGGACUGGAGCAAGGUGGUGCUUGCUUAUGAGCCUGUGUGGGCCAUCGGCACUGGAAAGACCGCCACCCCACAGCAGGCUCAGGAGGUCCAUGAGAAACUGAGGGAGUGGCUGAAGACCAACGUGUCUGAGGCUGUGGCCAACUCCGUGAGGAUCAUCUAUGGAGGAUCCGUGACCGGCGGUACAUGUAAAGAACUUGCCUCCCAGAAGGAUGUCGACGGCUUCCUGGUGGGCGGCGCCUCCCUCAAGCCGGAGUUCAUCGACAUCAUCAACGCCAAGGCAUAAAGGCCCGGAGAGCUGCGAAUGUGACCAAGACAGAGGCCGCUCCAUUCAGACCAUCCCAUCCCAUCCCAUCGCCCCCUCACUCUCAGCACUUAGUCCUCUUCCCCUUUUCGUUCAAAGUAUCUGUGUAUUGAUGUCAUUCCCUCCUUUUCCUUUGCGUUCUGUGAGGUAUAUUUUUGUCAUGAAGAAAAGGGACAGGUUGACACAUGCACUGUACGGCACUGAUAAGAGUUGAGUCCACUGAGAAUCGCCUGUGCAUACUAACUUCCACACCAAGUGCUCAAGCUGUAAAGACUGACACGUUACAUCUUGAGGUGGAUGGGCAAAUCCACACCUUUACUUGAAAAGUUUACCAACUUUUGGGUAAACCAUGUCAGCUCAUGUCAAUCCAGAGUUUAUUUUUCUUUUUACCGACGUCUCUUUUUGAGUAAUUAUGAUGUUCUGUGGCUUUUACCUCCCUGUAGACGUGCAUGAGCUGCUCUCAUUGAGUUGUUUAACCGAGGUGGACGUGUCCAUUACAUGUUCAUGUUAACCAUAUUGUGUCAUGGCCGAAUGUUGUAAGGGUAGGAAGGCUGGAAGAAAACAUAAUAAACUGGUUAGAGACUA